AUGGCCCACAUUACGGACUCCAUUUUGAUUACAUUCAUUACACUUUCACUCCCCUACAUGAGAUGUGAAGCUCAAUCAACAGUUCAUCACAAUAUCAGUCGUUAUGAACCCAUUUGUCGUGAUGGGUUCAUGUCUGUUCACAUACCAAAGGAAAAAUUUGCAGAUCUUCCUUUCACCAUUUAUGUUCAAGGUAAGUCAAUAAUCGAUGAAUUGAUGAUGACACAUUGCUUUGUACAAUGUUUGUGUUGGCUCUUGUUUGUGCCUUACUUUAUACAGAUGAGCACAGUGGAUAUUAUCAAGCCAUUGCUGUAGCAACACAGUGCCACUACCUCCUGAUAGAAGCUGAAACCUUUUUUAACUUGACAGUCGCCUCUCAUGGGUGUUUUGUGAGAAGACAAGUAAGCAUCCGAGUCCCCUGAACCAUGUGUGUCAUAUUUGCCUCAAAGACUUAUUUCUUGACAGUCUUCUUAUCGUCUUUUACUUUUUUUUUUCCAUCUAGAAAUACCUCACCAGUUUGACUGUUGUUAUCAUGAAACAUGCAGAAAAGGGCAGACUUGAAAUUGUGAAAACAAUACAUGUCACCUGUGAGAGGAAAAUCAAAGGUGGUAAUUCUGAACAGCUUGACGGCAUGACAUACAUUCAGACUGUUGUUUAAAUAGUAGUUAUCUAUGUGUUUCCUAUAGAGAUGGCCAAAUACCAGUAUCCACUGUUAUCAAGAAAUCUUUUCUGCAGCAAAGAUGGGUUCAAAAUUACAAUUUCUCAGAACGCAACAGUCCCGCCUCUCAACCUGGAUGCAGUCUGGAUCCCCUCUAGCAAAAGUGCAAAUUGUAAACCCCAAAAAAGAUCCAAAGAAGAUGUCACCUUCAGCUUUCUGUUCACUGACUGUGGGACUCAGUCCAUGGUAAAUGUAAUUAAUAAGAUGGACAGCUCUCAGCAUCUCAUCAGAUGAUGAUUUUGUUUUUGGAAGAAAAAAAAUGAUUUUGUUUUUUUUUUCUGACAGGCAGAAAAUGGGAUCAUAACCUACUGGGUUAAUAUAGAGGUAAAACAACAUCCACAAAAAAGCCCUGUAUUUCGUAACACUCCCUUCAAGUAAGAAACUACAUUUUUUGCUUUUCCUACUUUGUGAAGACAGUGGGACACGUAUAUCAUCACUAUUUUUUGUAGUCUUACAGUGCAUUGUAGCUUUAUGCUAGGCCAAACUGUCCGACUGGGCUUCAACAUUCAACAGAAAAGACAGCAGGACCUCUUCAUAUUGAGGAGUGAAGGAAUGCUGAGGGCUGAUAUGAGGUUUGCUAAAGGUCAAGUGUACACACUUUCAUUUUUAUAUUUUUCAUGCAUAUUUUCAUUAGAUUUUCUUCUUUACCUGCUAAUGAAAAUAGUUGUUUCAUAACGUAAUCUGUUUGUAUAUUUGUAGCAAAUGCUUUUAAAGUGUUUUUACUUGAAUUAUCAUAAAUCCACAGAUUCAAAUUACAGAUCUUUUUAUUCCUCUCAUGACCCUCCUGUGGUUAAGCUUGGCUUGCCAGUGUAUGUAGAGGUCUUUGUGCUCAAACAUGAGGACCGAGACUUGGUUCUGGUGCUGGAGGACUGCUGGGCAACUCCAACCCCAAAUCCUCAGGAUACCCAAAGAUGGGACCUUCUUGUUAAAGGGUAAAUUCACAUAAAAUUAAAAGGGAUUCUUGGGGUGUGUUUGUGUACAUCACUCAUGUAAAUAUCUCCACAUGAACUUUAAUCAACUAUACCCUUUUUAUUUUUUAAACAGAUGUCCUUUCAGUGGUGAUAGCCACAAAACUAAUGUGUUACCAGUUGUUUCCAGUAAAGAGAUUAAGUUUCCCCAUCUCCAUAAGUGGAUGGCUGUCAAGCUGUUCUCGUUUGUUGAGUCCCAAUCAACUGAAAACCUGGUACGUAAGAGAAAUAGAGAAAUACAAAAUAAGAAAACAAAUAAUUAUCAAUAAAUAGAUAUAUACAUGCUUUGUAGUGCUUUUGGAUCUCAGGUGUUUUCUAAAACAGUCAAAUAACCCUUACAGAUAUAUUUCCACUGUGACAUAAAGAUCUGUAAAGGAAAAGAGUGCUCACAGUCCUGCAACAAUGGUGAGAAGAACUAAUACUUGCCAUCUUGACACGAUUAAUAUGGUACAAACUUUUUGCAUAAAAUUAAAAAAUUGAGUUUUAUUUCUUGGUUCAGAACGGCGUACAUCAAGGUGGAUUACACCACGGCUUGGGCAGAAGCUUCUCCAUAGUGUCGUCUCUGGUGGCCCUCUUUUUUUAUCUACUGUAAAGUGCCUUUUGACAACUUCCUGA